UUAGAAAGUUGCACACUACUUUUAACACUUUCAACAGACGAGAUUCUCUUCCAUCAAACGAAUUUGUAAGGAAAAUGGAUAUAAAAUCUCAUCAUCUCUUGCAUUUAAAAAAAGUAAAGUAAAUAAAUAUUAAACAACACAAAAGUCAGAACAAAAAUCGACUAAACCUUAUAAAACUAAAAAUGUUUAUGAAAAACAUGUUAUGGAUGUAAAUAUACUAUAUUAAAUAUUUUAUAUAAAGUGAAUUACAGAAAUAAAUAUAGAGGAAACUGAAGUUGACCAUUGUUAUGGACAAUUGUUUUAUAGAUAUCACGAUAGAGUUUCUGGGAGUAGCUUUUCACAACAUUUUGUACUACGUAUCUGUGUAUCCUAAUUACAUUUUUGAAACUAGAAGAAAAUAUAGUGUGGUAGUUUACCGUUCCAUUCAUCUAGAAGUAAACGAAUAUAUUGAUUUGUGUUUAAAGAGUGCGGCAAACUGUUUAAGAAACGGAGAUUUACAACGCAUAGAAUUUCUUGUUACCACGAGCUCAUAUGACGCUCUUCUUAAAUUUGUCUUUGAAAUAAAUAAAAUUGAUGAAUAUGAUCAGACUAAUGAUGCUUACUUGGUUCAGGCCGAGCAAAACAUGCGCGGCUUCUGUUUGUAUUUAACAACAUUGUGUGACAAGUUUAAGGGUUUACCUGAAGAUAAAAGUUUUAUGAUACUAUUACAUACCAAUGAGUCCUCUGCAGUGGCUUUGACUACAAACCCAAAUUCGGACCAAUUUCCUUUUGUUGAAACAGAAGAGAACACAGAGUUUGAUAAAAUUAUACCUAUAAGAAGAUUUUGUGUCCGAAAUUAUAAUUUAGAAAUGUUUGUUGAAGUUAAGUGACUAAAAGGGUAUAGGAUACACAAAGAUAAUAAUAAUGUAGUACGGUAAUUAAUAUACUUGGCAUUGAAGUCCCAUAAGCAGUGACUGUUACCAAACUUAGUUUAAAUAUUCUUUUGGGAUAUA